AUGUUCCACCGAUUGACGCGCCAAGUCCAGGCUGCCGCUGCGCCGCCGCACUCUCGAAGUUACACGAACAAGAAGGUGUUCCUGCCUCUAUUGCGCUCGUUCAAGCAAGUCAACUCGUCCGCGGCCUUGCCACCCACGCUCUUCCAGAAGAAGAUCGUCAUGGUCGUCAACACCGCGUCCAAAUGCGGCCUCACGCCACAGCUCAAAUCUCUUCAAGAACUGCACACUCGAUAUGCUGACAAAGGACUCACGGUCCUUGCUGUACCGUCCAACGAUUUUGGCGGCCAGGAGCCAGACGAUGACGCGACGCUGGAAGCUUUUUACAAGGCCGAGUACAACGUGGCGUUCCCUAUCACGACCAAGUCGAAGGUCCUCGGCGACGACGCGCACCCGUUCUACAAAGCCAUUAUUGAGCACUACACAGACGAAGUGUCUCCUUCGUGGAACUUUGAAAAGUUUGUUGUCGACGAGACCGGCGACCUCCGCGCUGUAUUCCCUCGCAACGUCGACCCACUCGAGCCUGAAGUUAUCAAAACCAUCGAGCUUCUCCUCAAGAACGUCGCGCCGGCGUCCACGUCGGCCUAAGUCGACCCGACAAUGCAUUCAACUCACGAUGAUCUUGUUCAUGGAA